CUAGGCGCUAUUUUCUCUCCGGAUCAUUUUCUGUUCUGGCUAGUCUAAUCUCCGACGCGACAACAUUUCCGGGCCGGGCUGUUAUCUGAAGCUGUGCCUCUUCCGGUCCCUCUUUCGCCCCUCCGCAUUUUUCUUUCUCUUCCUCCCCUCCCUCUCUCUCUUUCUCCUCUUCUUCCCCCCACCUCCGAUUCCGAUUCCCCUCUUUUCUCUCUACUGGCUUUUGUCUGGGUUCUCUUUUCCCAGGCUUCUUCCUGGGAGAAGACGCGGUUGUUCGUCUUUGCACAGCCUUUUCUUUCAGCAAGCAGUCAGAGAAUGCUACCGCAAUGAUGGGGCAUCUCAAGCAGCAUUUCCCCGUCCCGCUCUCUCCCGCCGCCACGCCGCUCUCCCACGCAUCUCCCGCCGCUCACGAUGAUUUCCUCCUCUCCAUGACUCCUCCGGACCCCUCGGAUCUUGCCCUUUCGGCUGCUAAGGUCACCUCCGGCGCAGUAUCGACCGCCAUCCAGGUCAUUUCCACCGAGCGGGCGGCCUUGGCGCACCUGGAGCAGAUCUACCAGACCGAUGCUCUCGCCCAGGAACACCUCGUGCGCGCCGUGAGCCAGAUCGUGCGCACCAUUCACCAUGGUGGAAAACUAGUCUGCUGCGGUGUGGGCAAGAGUGGCAAAAUCGCCCAGAAGUUGGAGGCCACCAUGAACAGUCUCGGAAUAUACAGUGCUUUUUUGCAUCCGACAGAAGCCCUCCAUGGCGACCUUGGCAUGAUUCGACCACAUGAUACCCUUUUGUUGAUUUCCUUUUCCGGGCGUACCCCGGAACUUCUACUGCUGCUCCCCCAUAUCCCGUCUACUGUUCCGGUGAUAGCCAUCACCUCCCACAUGCACCCGUCUACCUGCCCUCUUUUGUCCUUCCACCCUUCAAAUAUGGGGAUACUUCUACCCGCCCCAAUUCACGAGGAUGAAGAGUCCUCGAUCGGCGUGAGUGCUCCUACGUCGUCCACCACGGUAGCUCUGUCGCUGGGAGAUGCACUGGCUAUCGCCACGGCUCGACGACUGCACACCACGCCCGGGCGGGGUCCGGCCGAGAUCUUCAAGAGUUAUCACCCAGGCGGUGCCAUUGGGGCUGCUUCCAUGGCUUUGACGCCAAUGAGCAUGUCCUCGGCUUCUAGUACCUCCACUCCAUCCGAUUACAUGCCAACCCAGCAGUCCAUCGCCUCGUUCCCCCAGACGGACAGCAAGGGCAGCCAGCGACCACGCGUUGCUGAUAUGUUGACUUCCCUUGAUCAGAUCCCCAAGGUCUCUGCAUCCGGUAAGAUCCGGCUCUUGGACAUUCUCCUUACAGCCAUCCAACACCCUCACGCAAAAUCAUGGGUCUUCUUGUCCCCAUCGGAGAUUAUUCCUCCCCGACACCUGCGCUUCCUUUCCCAGAGCAACUACGUGGAUAUGCAUGUAUCGUCGUUCGUCGACCUGGGCCUCCCCUUCAGCGUGUCUCGCAAGGACUGGCUUCAAAUCCCCAGCUCCAGCACCAUCGAUGACGCCCGCCGACUGGCGUCCGAGGCGAAUGCCUCCGCCAGUACGCCGGUGGUUGUUAUCGCACUGAUGCAUGAUGACGAGUGUCUGGGCGUGAUUGAGGCCGAGGAUCUCUGGAAUGACUGUGAUGAUUAGCUGUGCUAUUUCCUUCUUGCCUUUGUGUCCGCAAGGUCCUCAUGGCAAGAUCAAAAUCUGGCGACGAUGUAUACGACUGAUGUUUGGGUAUUCAUGGAUUAUAAAUACCUUGGGUUUUUUUCCCCUUCUGCUUCUUGCCUUCUUCGACCUCUCUUCUCUGUGAUAUUUUGUCAUAAUUGUGAUCUAUAUCCUCUUUGAGCUAUUUUUUCUUUGCGAUGCAUAUUAUUGUCGAUAUGUUUCUCUGCAUGCAUGCAUGAUGUCUAUAUGCAACUCGCUUUUCGCGUUCGAGAGGAAGGGCGACACUAAUCUUGCAAACUCUGUGUAAAGGAAGCCUGCUUUGGAUGCUUUACAUAUUAAACCUCGUCAUUGGGGUACCUCUCAUGUUCUUUUAGAUUUCGUCGUUAUUAUUAUACCCGAAGGAUUAAACCUG